AUGAAUGUCACGAUUGGCGCGGUUGAUGCCGAAAAGGUCGGCAAGCCCGCCCUUAUCCAACAGCCACCCUCCGACGCCCAAAAGCGACUGGCGCUCUCAAUCAUAGACUUCCUGUCGACUUCUCUAAAAGAUGGUACACUCACAUCGGACGAUGCAGACAAUAUUGAAGUGGCCACAAAUUGCAUUGCAGAGGCGUUCAAGGUCGACCCAAACGACAAGGCCGCCAUAUCGGCAGCUGUCGGUUCUCAAUCACUGCUCAGCGUCUUUUCAGUCUAUGAGAAACUGAAAGGCACUGGCACCUCCGCCGAAACCCCUCUUCCCAAGCCCUCGGAACUUUCUGCGAUCAACCCCGAAGCUGAAAAGCUCAAGAGUGCUGGAAACGCCGCCAUGCAGCAGAAAGACUACAAGACCGCCAUUGCCAAAUACACCGAAGCCAUCAAGUACGCUCCCACAAAUCCCAUCUACCUGUCCAACCGGGCGGCUGCAUAUUCUGCAACUGGGGAUCAUACAUCUGCAGUGCAGGAUGCCGAGUUGGCCGUUGCGGCCGAUCCCAAAUACACCAAGGCGUGGUCAAGAUUAGGUCUGGCACGGUUUGCCCUGGGCGACGCCAAGGGCAGCGUGGAAGCGUAUGAGAAAGGGAUUGAAUUUGAAGGCAGUGGUGGAAGUGAGGCUAUGAAGAAAGGACUGGAGACUGCCAAGAAAGAGUUGGCCAGAAUGGAGGCGGCAGAAGACGAUAUUCCUGAGGACGAAGUUGACGAUGCGCCCGGCAACACCAGAGGUGGCGGUGGAUUGCCUGAUCUUUCUGGACUGGCAAGUAUGCUUGGUGGGGGAGCUGGAGGGGGAGGUGGUGGGAUGCCAGACCUUUCCAGCAUCAUGAACAAUCCGAUGUUUGCAUCCAUGGCCCAAAAUCUGAUGCGAAAUCCCGAGGCCCUGAGUGGACUUAUGAGCAAUCCCACCAUCCAAAACAUGAUGCAGGGCCGCCGAGAAGGAGGCGGUGGCGGUGGCCUGCCAGACAUGAGUCAAAUCCAGCAGAUGAUGCAGGAUCCUGCCCUGGCGAAUCUGUGA